AUAUAUAUAUAUAUAUAUAUUUAUAUAUAUAUAUGUAUAUAUGUAUAUUUAUAAAUAUACAUGCGUGUGUGCGUUUAAGUAUUUGUGUAUAUACACAUCCAGUGAAGCAUGUAUGUACGUCAUUAGCGUGUACUCUAGACAGGGCGGGCAAUGAGAAAGUUUUCAUCACUUCAGUGGCCUCAUGUCAGACUAGUAAGAUUUAUUAACAGCCUUGUCUUUUGGAUUGAAACUGGACUAUUUUUGACAACUGGUAGUGUGCUCUAGGGCGAAUCAUGCGCUAUCAUCUCUCUCGGUCGUAAUGUCAGCAUUCAUAUAUCAGACUUCAGUACGUGUAUGGGUUUAAUAGACUGUGUAUCAUUGAGGCGUAUUCCAAGAUGAACCAUGCCCUGCGCAGACACGCUGGGCCAGUUCGUGCUGGUAGUCGGCGAGCGUUGUAUAUUCCUGUUGGUAUGUCCGUUCAAGAUCAAGUGAGUGUCGCGCGGAGAUACAUGAACAAGGCGGAAUACACAUUGUUAAGCUUCAGAACCGGAAGCUUGUGUGCAAUGACUUCUGGCUGGAUUAUGAUGGCGUAUGAAACAGUCGAGCUGUUGUGCACUCAGUGCAAACCAUCACCAUUGAGCUCGCUGCUCUCACUCGCCAGAAGUAUAACCCAUUUUCAAUCCACGAGCGUGACUAUCGCCGCUGUCUCCCACGAUUAUAAAUGCACGACAAUCAGUUUCGUAUGCGCUAUUGCGAUAAGAAGUAGAGAUUAUGCCGAUUAAACACAGCGGCCUUCGCAAAACUGUCUAUUUACUAGCUCAAUAAAGUCGUAUACAUACCGCUCAGGCUAAAUGUAGAUGGUAUGCGUAGUUUCAUCCACACACGCUUGUAGUGUUGACCUCAAUCGAUUUGGAUCACCGCGAAUCUGUUGUGUAUACAGAAGGAACAGGUUAAUGCUCAUCGGCAA